GGUUCGUUCGACGGGAGCUUCCCCGGUCCCUGGGGCAAGUGGGCUGGAUCGUUCGACGGUAGUUUUCCUGGUCCCCACGGCAAGAACGUCCCGUUCCCUGGCAAGGGCAAAGGUAAGGGAAAGAAGAAAGCGAACGGUUCGGACGCCUCGGAGGAUACUCAGCAACAGACGACGCAACAAGAGGAUAAUUCGGCCUCAGACUAA